CGGCGGGGGGGCGUCCCCCGGGUUCUCGGCAGCGCGUGAGACCCCGAGGGCAAAGCUAGGAAGGCGCCGAGCUGGCUGCUGGGUUGCGCACGCUGCAGCGGGCAAAGGGGGGAAGGCUGCAAAGCCCAGCUGGGGGCUGAGAUGGGCUGAGAAGCACGUGGCCUGUGGCCGCCACCGAGCGGCCUGUGGGAGGCAUCUGGCCUCUUCUUACACGCGCUUAAAUACACCCAGUACCAGGCCAUAGGCAGGAUAUUCCCCUAAAAUACAUCCAGAUAAUGCAACGCUUCCUCCCACAUCAGGAAGCAAAUGCUCCCCACCUCCAUAGUGAGCAAAUCGCCUUCCCCAGGGGGCUGGAGCUUGAGGGAGUCUAGCUGAAAAAAGGAUUCCAGUGGAGUUUGUUUUAAUUAAUCUUAUAAGGGGAUUCUUUGUCAUUUCUGCAAAGUCUAAGGGGGUUUGCUAGCAAGGAUGCAGGAUGUGUCGAGGGUUUUCUGUGCCCCUCGCGGCCUAUCCAGGAGGCGUUCUAGCAGACAGAUCUGUGCUAAAAACUGAAAACCUCUCUGCAUCCAAGUUUUUCUGUCUGUAACAUGGGAAUCAACCUGCGGUGGAGUGUUAAAAUGAACGAGUGGGCGCCCAUAGCGAAAGAGUAUGACCCUCUCAAAGCAGGGAGCAUUGAUGGCACAGAUGAAGAGCCCCAUGACCGUGCCAUCUGGAGGGCCAUGUUGGCACGGUAUGUACCCAAUAAGGGGGUUACAGGAGAUCCCCACCUCACUCUGUUUGUAGCGAGACUGAAUCUACAAACCACAGAGGAGAAGCUGAAGGAAGCCUUUUCCAGGUAUGGCGACAUUAGGAAGAUUCGUCUGGUUAGAGACUUAGUCACAGGCUUUUCCAAGGGCUAUGCGUUUAUAGAGUACAAAGAGGAACGGGCGCUCUUGAAAGCCCAUAGAGAUGCCAACAGGCUGGUUAUUGACCAGCAUGAGAUAUUUGUGGACUUUGAGCUGGAAAGGACCCUCAAAGGAUGGAUCCCUCGGAGACUUGGAGGUGGUUUUGGAGGCAAGAAGGAAUCCGGGCAGCUGCGGUUUGGAGGGCGGGACAGGCCUUUCCGAAAGCCCAUCAAUUUGCCAACUAUGAAAAGUGACCUUUAUGGAGAGGGGCCUGUGGAGAAAAGGGAGAGGAGCUGGUCUCGAGAGGGAGUGAGGGACUGGAGAGCGAGGGACCGAGACCCUGAAAGGAACCGAGAGAAGAGAUGGCUGGAAAGGGAGCGAUCGUGGGCUUGGGGUGAAAGCAACCGGGAGAGAGAGCGGGAUUCCAAAGAGGAAAGGAGCAGAGGAAGAGAGAGGAAGGACAGAGAGAGAAAAGACAGGGAAAGAGACCGGAGCAGGGAGAGGGACCCUAAGAAGCAGAGAGAUGACGACAAACAUCGGUAGAAGAAAGUGUCUUUGUUACAGAUAAGCUGAACACCUGUGUACUGUGGGGAAGUUUACAGCCAGACCCCUCCAAAACCUACUGAUUCAAACAACCCUGAACUGUGGUCAGGUUCUAAUCGAGGCCUGGGCCUGCCUCCCAAGAAAGCGAUGGGAACAGAUUCGGUCAUUGGGACGCAACCUGUGGCUUUGCUGUGUGCUUCCAGCCUGCAAGGAGCCCUGCUAAUUUCCUGGAACUAGAUCCUCAGCUGGUGUAAAGUGGGACAGAGCCGCUGUCUUCAGCAGAACUGCCCCAGCCAAGCGGCUGGCCCAUUGUCUCUGGUUUAUUGUCCUUUAGGUAAUUUCUAUGGUGGUUUUGCCAGAAAGAGGGGACAAUGACUCCUGCAGUAACCUGUACCUGUGUUGAGUUGCGGAUCUCUUAUUUACAGAGCUUUUGUUCUUUGUCUCAUGUAUUAUGUGGUAUCUGCUAUUUCUUUGGUUUGAUUCCCCACCCCCACCUUGUUAAAUGUAAAAUGUUCUUUAUGUGGAAGCAAAUCUUCCUGUGGAUGUAUUCUAACCAUGCAGUGAUUUUCUCCUUUCCUUCUGGAGGUCAGGACUGUAGCAGGAUUCCUUAACAUGGUUCAAACCAUUCUAUAUAGGCAAGGCCAACAUCGGUUAUAAACGGGACAGAGCCCCAGUUCUGUUAUGACAUGAUCCCCCUUACCCAGUAGUUUACCUCUAUAGAUGGGCCCUUAUACUGCCUUACGUUCAGCGUAGCCCUCCCCCACUCACUCAGCUUGGAGCUGAGAGAGCUGCAGCUGGGAUUGGUAUCACAGUCCCAGCCCUCCAGAGACUGACAGGAGUCCUACAGGAAAAAGAGGAGAGCCAGAACUGGGCAUUCACAGCAAAAGUUUUUUUUUAAUUAUUAUUUAUUGUGAAUGUUGAAAUGUCAUGUAGUUUUAACCUAAAGAUGAACUGAUUAGACAGAGAAGUCAGAUAACUGGAAGACCCUUCCUGGACAAUUAUUUACAGCAAAGCAGUUCAAACAAGAAAAUGCAGCUUGGGGAGAGAGAGAGAGAGAAACAAGUUUAGUCAAUGUUAGAAGGCAGAUCUUAAGACAGCCAGUUAUUUUAUUUGUUGCUCUUCAGAUGUUUUCUUUACGCAAAGUCUCACUCUUGUGUUUUAUAGAGCGGGGUGGAGGGGUAGCAGGAUCUGGGAAGUAAAAGCAUUGGAAAGCACAGAGUAUUUCAUUUACUGCAUCUGAUGGUAUCUGGUUCUAUGUAGUUCCAUUUCUAAGAACGUUAAGGAACCAGUAAUCACUGUUUGCUCUGGUUUCUCUAUUAUACUAUGCUGUAGGGAGACCCAAUGGAAUGUACAAGUUGUGUGUACCUAUGGAAAUAAAAAGGAAAUGUUUAAAAAAAUUUUAAGCACACCAUACUUGUUAGCAUUCUGUAAGGAAUACCAGACUUACAGAUGUGCCUGCAUUCCCACCUAAUUCAGUGAGAUGUAAAAUGAAAUGUGUGCCCAGGCUUCUUGGCUAUUCAGAGAACGGCUUGUUUGUAUAUGAGAGAGCUCAGUCCCUAAAUAUUUCCUAUAUAUGCCAUGUGCUCACGUGACAUACUAAUGAAGUCACCUAUUGAAGAAAUAUCUAUAAAAUCAUCAUCUUUGGCUUUUGCAAAUGUUUCACACAAUUUAAAAAAGAUAGGAAAUGAUUCAGCUGCUUGAGAGAUAUAGGGAUAGACAUGAUGUUUAGAAAUAGUGUUUUUGACUGGUGUUGGGUGCAAUGGGGAAACAUGCCUUAGGAAAUCUCUUUUCAUGGAGAGCUGCUUCCCUCCUUCAUUCAGUCCUUCCCUUUAAUUAGCAGAACUUGUAUGUUCUAGACAUAGAGAUACAUGAGGGUGGAUUGCAGAUCACGUGACUUCUCAGGUUAAUUUCCAGCAGCUGUUGUGGCUAUGGCACAUCUCAAUGUAAAGUCUAUGGAGAGCUCCCAAUCAAAGCAAAGUGACCAGACUUUCAUCUGUGUAUCCCUUUGUUUUGAAACUCCUGCUCUAGCUUUGAGAAUGAUGUCCCGGGACCCGUCAGUGGGACAGUUAUGCAAUGUAAUACAACAGCCACAUAACCUGUUGUCUACCCUUUGUACCUCCACAACUGCUGUUGGGUGCUGCUCCCAUGUGGGUGCAAGAAUGAUGUAGUUUAUAAUUUUGUUAUUGUCCCUCCUUGUCUCCUGCUCCUUUUGCACCUCACUUGCUCUUUCUUGCCUAGAGAGCACAACUCUGAGGUUACGCCUACCCCAGCUAUUUCGCAAAGCAGCAAAAUUCUUUUCUGGGUCAGUCCGUCCCCCUUGACAGCUGAGCUGGCUAUAACAUGGUUAAAAGUUGUAAUGGAGAUGGAACCAAACCAUGGCCUCCUAACAAGAGUAAAGCCCAACCCAUCCAGGAUUUUAAUCUGCUUCUGGGGAUGGGUUGGUUGCUGUGUGCACUACGGCUGUUAGUUGUAACUGACUCCCCCACCUCUGUUACAAGUGUAGGGCAGAUAAAGGCGUUUUGUGCUAGAACUGGUGAAGUUUCGCUUCUAGCGAGCUCAGCAUAUUCGUGUUUAGUAGGGAGAGGCCCUGUUGAAAGCCGGGCAGCAGCAACUAUGUCAACAUUCUGACCAGAACUGUUCCAAAUGUUAUCUUGCCAGGGCCUCUGAAUAAAGUCACUAAUUGUUUACACUCUGGCCUAGAUCUCCCUAUGCUUACUGCUCAAUCU